UCUGCAUGUAAACGUGCGACUGCAAUUUCUUUGAAACUGCGCAAUUAAAUUAUAAUCCGCCAAAGGAGUUAAACAGGCCAAUACAAGAUCACAGUUUGCCUUGGAAAGGUUUGUAGAAUUUUACACGGUUUCCUUUCACAUAUAAUCAGGUGAAUCAGAUUGCACGUUAUACACUUAAUUUGGUAACACUUAUCUUUUUCAUUCCUAAAACAUACCAGGUAAUCUAAAGCGUCACGCAUCGGGCUCCCUCCAAUACUGCAAGAAAUACGUUUAAAACAAUGAUUAUUACACAAUGAUUUUUUGCAUUCUGCCCCACCUACUGCCCUUUGUCUGCUCGCCACGUUAUCUCACAUUCACUUAUAAAUCAAUACUUUUGUUUCUUAUUGAAUUUCUGAUUUGUAUUCGUUGUUUGGUUUCGUCACAGUAAGCCGUAAUUUAAAGCAACUUUAAAUGUAUAAAAACGGACAUUCGGUACUGACCUAUCGGGCAAGAUUCCUUCUAAGCUGUGUCAAACACAAUUAAGGUAAAUAACACUGAAAGUGCUACAUUAUGAGUAUAUUAAAAACAGCGCAGAAGGCACACAUCCAAUCUAUACUCCCUAAAAUCCACGCAAAACACUACAAUCGUUUCCAGAUCUGCGCUCGAUUGCUCUCGUCUGCUUGAAAUGCACGAAUUCGAUCAUCAACUCUGUAGCCUCUUUUGGGCGUAAAGAAGAAACAUGGCAACAUUAAGGGAGGAUAGCAUUAACUUUAUCCUGCGCUCUGCGACCUGAGGAAAUAAUAUUAAUAAUAAUAUCGAUAAUAAUACAUAAUGCCUGUCGCUGACGCGUGAUUUAAAUCGGCUGAUUGGUUUCAUGUGUCCGAUUGCAGUCUGUUGUGCCUAAGCUAGCCCGUCAGCUGGCAGCUUGUUUGGGUUUUUUUAUGUUGUUGUUUUAAUAAACUUUCGCCGUGCCGGUUUCACAAAUGAACGUGCACGCCUUUGCUAUAGGUAACGUCUUCAGCUCGCAGGGAAUUCGGAUGUAAACAAGUGACUGUUCGCCGCCUGGACCGUUACACUACAAUGCCAUGUAGGGGGGUCUUCUAGAAACAGCAUUAAAAGUCACAUAAUAUGGUAAAAUGUUUGCCGUAUCAUCAUCAUUUGACGGCUGUGUAACUGAUUCUUUCACCGCUCGGACAUGAUAGUGUUGCUGUGCUGCGGAUUCACAAUAGUGCACACCCAUGCAAGACGCCUUAACUAAACCCCACGGAGACGUUCUAAAGUGAAACUCCUCCGUCUUCACUGUUAACUGAAUAGGGCCAAAAUAAAAUGGGUAUGAUUUACUUUGUGUUUUGCGCUUUUCGGAAAUGUCUGGACGUCCUGUGCCUUCUGUUGGAUGUGAAUCUGUGGAUUAUCACCUCUCUGUUCCGGCUAUUUGCUGGCCUCCUCUGCCUCCUGCACGGUCUGCCCGCCUUGCUGAGCAGCUCAGCAGCUGGGUGCUGGAACCUGAUGCUCUUCUGUGCGCUCACUGCGUCUGAGGGGAUGACCAGCGUGGCCCAGGGCUCCCUGCAGCUGCUGUCCGGAUUGCUGCAGAUGCUGGGCGGUGUGUCGGAGAGCUGCAAGAUGUUGGGCCAUCUGCUGUCACAUGUUCUGCUGCGGGCCCGGGAGCUACUGCAUCGCGGGCUGCUGUCGGGGCACUCCGUACUACGGCAGGCGUGGGAAGCCUGCAGCAUCCUGCUCAGCCUCCUGCUCUACCUGGUCAACACCGUGGUCAACCUGCUGCUCAUCGGCACACAGAACUGCCUGGCGGCCGUAGCCAGUGCCUGGGACGCAGUGUCGGGGCCCCUGCAGGAGGCACUGGAACUCAGCAUCACCCUGCUCACGUUCCUGCACAGCAGUCUGGUGGGCACCUCUGUCCUGCUCUGGACCCCUUGCCAGCUGGCCCUGGAGUUCCUGAGCUCCCUCGGCCACAUCCUGGCCACUGUCUUCCUGCUCAACGCCUACGGCCUGCUGCUCACCACUGCCGUCGUCACAGUGACCACCAUCUACUUGUGCCCCGGGCCAGUCCGCCUUGGAGCCAACAACGUGCCCCCCAUGCGCCGCCUGCAGAGGGCGCUCUACCGACUCUACUUGUUGGCGCUGGAACGGGCACAGGCCACCCUAGAGGUGACCGUUUGGCAACGGACGCCCUGGCAGGACAGUCCGCUGGGGGCGAGGAUGCCACAGACUUCCGGGGGUGACCGAGGGGGGAGCAACAGAGACCCACCGAACCCAGAGUCGGCCGACAGCCUGGCUGGCAACACCCAGUUCCCCAUGGACCAAUCAGGACAGGAAGGCGGAGACGGCGCGGUGCCACAGGUCCUGCCACCAGGCCAUAGUUCUUCGGACUCCCCCUUGGGCCCCCCCGGUAAGGACAGGCACUCGGAGGCUCAGAACACGCCUCUACAUACCGAUUCGGCCGCCAGCCUGCUCACACUGCUGAAGGAGCACGAGGAGCGCAAGAAAUGCGUGAUCUGCCAGGACUGCGUCAAGACUGUGCUGCUGCUGCCAUGCCGCCACCUGUGCCUGUGCCGUGGCUGUGCUGACAUCCUGCUACAGCAGGCCGCCCACCAGCACAGCUGCCCCCUCUGCCGGCAUGCCAUCCUGCAUACCAUGGAUGUCUACCUCUGAGGGGAGCGCUGGCAAGUGCAAGUGUGAAUCGAAUUCCUGUCUGAAGAUGCUUGCAGGGCUAAACUGCUAUGCUAAGUAGUUCCUGCGCUAACCUGUGAUUUGACAGGAGUAC